AUGUCAGGCGUGAGCGAAUAUGCUGGCAGUUCAGUUCCAGGAGGUAUGAUCGUGAAAGAGACAUCAAACCCUCAGACACGCGGCUCCAGACAGCUGGACUCGGGCGAUCGUUUGGCGAGAGACGAAACAACCGAGCAGUCAUAUCCUACUCUGACCCUUGUCGACUUUGCUUCUGGCGCUUUGGAGGAAGUUGAUGUUGGAACUCAAAUCAUGAACGGGCAAGUGGGCGAAAUGGAAGCUGAGGGCACGGAUGAUUUAUCCGACGUGAUAUCAGCAAGGGAAAGAAACCCCUUCUUCUUCAGAAGCAGUGUCAGCAGGCCCGAACGGUAUUGGUGUUCGUGA